CAGUUGCGGUAAACUGAGCACGUCCCAGCAGCAACUUGAAUUAAUCAUAUGCAGGAGGAGGGAAAAUAGAGCGCCUUUUUCUCAGAGCUCCAGGUUGCACUGGCUGCACUGGAGCCCGGAAACCGCAGAGGGAAAUUUCUGCUGAUGGAGGACCCCGAGAAGAAGCUGAACCAGAAGAGUGACGGCAAACCCCGGAAAGUACGAUUUAAGAUCUCCUCCUCCUACAGCGGCCGCGUGUUGAAGCAGGUCUUUGAGGAUGGGCAGGAAUUAGAAUCACCAAAGGAGGAGUAUCCUCACAGUUUUCUCCAAGAGUCCCUUGAGCCAAUGGAUGGUGUUUACGGGUCUGGGGAAGCCCCCAAGCCCCGGCCAUACUCCCCCAAGCUGACUGCUCAAAGGAUCAGCGUGUUUAGAGAGGGCAAUGCCUACACUCUGGCCGGCAGCCAGCCUUUCUUCAACGAUUACAAGGCAAAUGACCAUAAGUCCCCACCUAUUAUAGAUUUUGGAAAGAUAAUCAUCUACACGAAUAACCUGAAAAUCAUUCGAACCCCCAUGGACAAGAGAGACUUCAUGAGGAAGAUUCUCCAGAAGGAAGGAGAGGUUGAGGAAGAGUCUCUGAUGAGCAAAGAAGAAAUCUAUGGAAACAGUGACCAGAACAACGGGCCUCUGGCAGAGACAGAAAGCGCGUUCCCCCUCAACCAGUACCCACAGGAAGGGGAGCUUCCAGAUGACAACUGCUUUCACUGCCGAGGGUCGGGCAGUGCCACCUGCUCUCUGUGCCAUGGCAGCAAGUUCUCGAUGCUGGCCAACAGAUUCAAGGAGUCCUACCGGGCCCUGCGGUGCCCUGCCUGCAAUGAGAAUGGCCUGCAGCCUUGCCAGAUUUGCAAUCAAUAGCCUGGGGCUUUGUAUGUCUGCUUUUAUCACAUCCUUUCUAGAGUUAUUUCUAAUAAACUGCCCCCCGCUCUCCCUCUCCCAGCAAGGAAGCCACAGUAGCUGUGAUCUCUUCCACUCCUGGCAAAAAGAAAAAAAUAAACACUUGACUACUCAAUGGCAUCUCAGAGGCUGGUAACACCUCCAUGUGGGCCUAAGGGGCAGAGGCAUUUUCGAAUUAGAGCCAGCUUUGAAACUGGUUCUAAAAUUACCCUUCCAGGAAUGUGUGCUUGUAGCUCCCUUGACGUAGCUCAGUGUUCUCCUUGUGCUAGCGAACAGAUAGACAUCGACUUCAGGCAGCAGGCUGACGUUGUUUUUUGGUUGGGAGUUAUUUUGCAAACUUAG